AACGCAACAAGUAAUCAUUCUAUUUGGAAGAUACUUUCGGUAAUUUCACAUUUCGAUUGCCGCUUUCAUUAUAAGAAUAGUGUUGCUAUUAAAUUUAUUGGAUUAACUUGUUAAUAAAUCCUUGAGGGAGGGAGUGUUUAAUUCAACCAAAUAAGAUGAUGAAAUUUUUAUUUGUGAUUGUUUUUCUCGUCGGUGCGAGUGUACAAGACAAUAUUAACCGUACUGAUGACAGUGAUUAUAUUUACAAGGCCAUUAAAUCAGGCAGAGUAGAUGUAGUCACAUUUCUAAUCGAUAAUGGUGCAAAUGUGAAUGAAUUUGAUGAAACAAAUUCUGGAAUAACACCACUCCAAUUGGCUGUUGCUAAAGGUCAAACGGAGAUAUUCAAAAUUCUCAUCGAAAAAGGAGCUGAUGUGAAUUAUUUAAACAGGAAAAAUAUAACUCUACUUCAUAUAGCAACAAUAUUCGAUAAUUUGGAAAUAUGCAAAAUCUUAAUCGCAAAUGGAAUAAACGUGAAUGCUAUAGACUACGAACAUUUAACACCACUCCAUAAUGCCGCUAUCUACGGUUCAAAUGACACGGUUGAUUAUUUAAUUGCAAACGGAGCAAAUAUAACUGCCGAUGCUGAAGUAAUGUUCACACCUUUACAUGUGGCUGCCAUGGGUGGCAAUUUGAACACUUGUAAAAGUCUAAUUGCACAUGGAGCGGACGUUAAUGCAAAAACCAAAUUUAAUUUUACAUCUUUACAUUACGCAGCCUUUCUUGGUACAAAGGAAUUAGCUGAAUAUCUUAUUACAGAAGGAGCUAAUGUCAAUGCUACAGGUAGAGAUGGAGAGAGGUUCGUGUACACGCCUCUACAUACUGCUUACUUAUAUGGAAAUGAAGAAGUACGAGAGGUCUUGAUUGAUAGUGGAGCAGAUCAAAAUGCAAAAGACGAAAAUAAUAAAAUACCAAGUGAAAUGGAUACUGAGAAAGGAAAAAAGGAGAAACUCCAAAUUAUUGCCCAAAUGAAUUCGAAGAAGAGAAUGUUCGAAAGCUUAUAGUAGAUGCAACGAAGUACUUAUUGAUUGAUCAUAUCGCUAAUGUGAACGAAUGCUAAAAAGAUGAUAAGAUACCGAGUGAAAUAACUACUAUUAGUGCUUCAUUUAAUUUAAAAAAAGCCGUUUUGCAAUUGAAAAUUGUUUAAUUUCAUUUAGAGAUAAAGGUCCGAUUUACCACUAAA